AUGGACUAUACAUCCAAAGAAGCUGAUGAAUUUCCAAAGAGAAAUGCUGCAGAUGAUAUUUCACAGUUAUAUUUGUCUACUACAGUAGCAGAAAAUCGAUGUACAAAAAAUAUAUCGAAUGAAUUAUUGCCUGAUUGUCAAGAUCCAUACGAUCAAAUACUGAAUGAUUUAGUUAAUAUAACAAAGGACGACAAGUUAGUGAAACAAAAGUCAUGGAUAACAAAAAACAAUACAUCUGAAAUUCCAUAUGAGUUUCGUCUUGGUGAGGUCGAUCAUCAUGAAGCGUUAAGUUUAUAUUUGUCUCUUCUGUGUGGACCUGACUGUGUAGACUUUAUUUCUGCUCGACAUUUACGUAACAAUGUAGCUAGUUGUAUUCUUCAAUCAAAAGAUAUCAAUAUUGAUUGUGCAUUAUCUCAAGUCAAAUGUAAAACUCGUGAAGAAUAUUGUAAUGAUAUCAAACAAGGUGCCAUAUUAAAUGGUCUAGCAGAACUUAAUGCUUUGGCAUCUUUGUAUCCAAAGUACUUAUUUUGUGUUAUUUCAAAAACUACAAAUGACAAUGGGGAUAUCUUUAUAAAUGUUGCUACAUAUGUCAAAGAUAUUUCAUCGUAUAAGAAAUGUAUUUUUAUAUUCCAUGAUGGUAUAGUUGGUCAUUAUAGUCCUCUAUAUUUAUAUAACAAAAUGAUUGAAGAAGGAGAAAAAAGCAAUUUUAAAUAUGAUAAUAAUACAAUGAAAAUUCUCCUUUUCAAAUUUAUUAAAGAAAAAAUUAAAUAUGAUAAUAUAUCUAAUUCAAUUGCUCACAAUGAUGUUAUGGAUACAGAACAAGUAUUAGAAAAUGACGAGAACCCGUCUAUGAGUAAUACUACCAAGAUAUGUCCAUCAUCAAUAUCGAAUACAAAUGCAGGCAAUCUCUCAUCAACAGUAACGUUGAUGAGUACAUCAGAAACAACACAAGAGUUUUUUCGAAAACCUGUUCCUGCUGAUGGUAAUUGUCUAUUUUCAUCUCUUAGCAAUGUACUAGAUUGUUCCAAGAAGAUUACCAUUGAAGAUUUACGUAACAAAGCUGCCGAAGUUAUUAGUCAAUCGCAUAAGAUUGACGAACAAUGUUUAUUGUAUGAAACUGGAAAGUCUCGCGAUCAAUAUUGUACUGCAAUUAGAGAUACCAACGCAUGGGGUGGUCAUCCGGAAAUUGAAGCCAUAGCUGAAUCUUAUGAAACAAUAAUUCGUGUUGUAGACGUUCAUUCUCAACCACCACGUGUAUCUAUUAGUGAAUUUCCUUCAAAGAAAACGUCAUUUGACAGAUGUUGUUAUAUUAUUCGUCAAAAUAAACAUUAUGAAUCAUUACAUUUACGUAAUGGAAAUAAUUCAAAUGGCGAACGUGUUAUUUUUAAUUCUAAUGAUAAGAAAAUAAAAGAACUUAUAUGUGAUUUUAUUGAAAAAGAGUUUCCUAAGUAUAAAUUGGAAUCAUGCGACAAUAAAAUAAAUGGUGAUGAACUUUCAGUACAACCAGUCGAACAAUGUUAA